AUGCUGCCGUGUAGCUUCCCAGCCGCUCUUCUUUCUCUUUUUCUCCUUCAACUCACAACAACUAUCGAAGCCAAGCGCGCCCCCCGCCCGCAUAAGACACAACCACAUACAAGGCCCAAGGUCGACGCGACUGGCGACAACAUUGUAAACGUUGGAAAUGACCGUUACAUUGCACUCGUGACAAUUGCUGGGCAAGAAUAUAGGACUAUGUUGGACACGGGGUCGACCGACAUGUGGGUCAUGCCUCCCAAAGGUCUAAAGCUUGGCUACUACGACGACACCGGUGUUUACUCACAAAUCUACUACGGCGACGGCUCUGACUACGUCAAUGGCACUGUUGGUUUCGCAAAGGUCGAAGUUGCCGGCCACACAAUUCCCUCCCAAGCAUUUAUCAACGUAUUCAAGGAGUCCCAACCCGAAGACAACUAUAUGGGCCUGGUAGGCCUUGGUUUCGACACGCCCGACGGCUCCAUUCCUGCGUCUCUUACCAAAGCAGGCAUGGAUGGGCGCAAACUGGGAAAGUCCCCCCUUACGAGCAUAUUCGACGCAAAUCCUCACAAGGGUCGGUUUUUCGGCCUCUCACUGUCCCGCCUCUGGGACAAAAGCUACUCUUCUGAUGCGUCACUGACGAUAUCCGAGUACGAUACCAAGUAUGCUGCUGUUGCAAAUGCGCCGGUUUUGAAGCAAUAUCCAAAAGACUGUGGCUCGUGGUCCGUUCUAGGGGACAGCAUCAAGAUUGGUGGCAAAGUCGUUCCAUGGAAACUUCCCGAUGCGACGAACAUUCCGAAUGGCAAAAUCAGCGUGCUUAUUGACUCUGGAACGACCAACUUUCUGGUGCCAGAAGACGUGAGGGAUGCGAUCUACUCUGCUGUUCCCGGCGCAGUUUUGUCCAAGCAUUCUAACAUCGAGGGCAACAAGUGGGGUGCAGAUGACGAUAUAUGGGUCGUGCCGUGCACUACCGCCGUCAACAUGAGCGUCUCUUUUGCCGGCCAUGAGUAUCCAAUCCACCCACUCGACCUCACCGACGUCAUGUCAACGACCGGACCCGAUGGCAAAAACUACACCAUUUGCGUCAACUCAGUGACCAACGGCGGUACUGUCAUUAGCCCCCAGUCGGCCAUCUUCGGAGACAGCUUCAUGCGCAAUGUGUAUACGGUGCUGUCGUUUGGCGGCGACACGAAGAGCGACGUGCCGUAUAUCCAAUUCUUGUCGAAUACCGAGACUCAAAAAGCGGCGGAGGACUUCCACUUGCAUCGGGAAAAGCGGUUGGCGAGACUUGCGAAGCGAUAUAACGCAAAAGAGUUGAGCCCCGACAAGAUCAUCGCGCUUUUCGACUCCAAAUCAAAUACUUCUGGCGGAAAACCAGCGGAUGACACGGCGGCAUGCCUACCUGCUGGCUCCGAUGCCCUGUCCAAGAGCAAAACUGAGCUUUCCGAAAACUCCUCGAGCCCAAACGACGUCGUGGACAAGUGGGGACCCAUCAUCGUUGGCUUGCUGUCGGCCAACCUCGCGAUACUGCUCGUUGUAGCGUGUAUCUCGCUGAUGAGCUUCAUUCGAGGUGGCAGGAAUUCAGGUCCGGCCAGAUAUGCAAAGGUCGAAACGAGGGAGAAGAAUCAUGAUGUGGUCUUUGACACCCAUACAUCGCGUUCAUCGUUCUCUGAUCGAGACCAUAUUGGCUAUUAA